UCACUUUCUCUUAUUAUUCCAAUCACUACAAUAAUCACAUUUUCAACAAUCAUAUAUCCAACAAUUACAUUCUCAACAGUUAUAUUCCUAACAUGGUACCAAACACAAACUAAGCCUCAAGUGCUCCCGCCUCCUUCUCCGUCUCAGGUCAUAAAAGGCCAUUAAUUACCGUAGCAUAAUCAUAAUUUCCUGGAAUACUUGGAACUUUUGGAUAAAGAAUUCAACGAUGCGAUAAGGUUUUUAUGCAUCUUGCCGCCGUCAAAGAAAGCAAAGCUAAUUCACAUGAAGAUAUUGGUAAUAAGUUUUGCUAUCUCAACUUUCAGCAGACAAGGAUCAAUCCAAGAAAAGUUUUGCUGAAUUACAGCGAAUCCUUCAAUUCAGAUAAAAUGAAUGCACUACAGAAGAAUGUGUUAGGACUUAGGACACUGAGGAAACUAAUUAAGGCAGGGAGGGAGAGCUUUAAGAGCCAAAAAGAAAUGAAAGCAAUCUUCAAAACUAUACCUGGAUUUCCAUCCUAGAUCAAGGUACUUGUAAAGUUGAGAGGACGACUACUCAUUUUCCUAAAAAGAUUCUGCAAAAUUGAUACAAUAAUGGAAGAGAGAAGACCGCGUUGGUUUUGUCUCCGGCGAACGGAAACCUCAUUUCUGCGAAGAGGACAAGUGGGGCGAUACUGGAACCAUGUAUCGAUGCAUUCAACAUGGAAGCAGUGGUUGCAUCUGGGCAGCCGCCGGAGCCUCUCGCCAUCUUCAGCUUCGUAAAGGCACACAGAGCAAUAGGGUGUGGGCGCUGCACCAAUUCUGCUGGGAUUGUAAUGGAAGGUAAAGACAGGAAGGCGGUCCUUGUUGAACCAUACAAACUUUGCACAAAGACGAAUGGCAAAGAAGAUGAUGGUGAGUACAAGGGCUUUGUUCUUCCAGCUACUAGUAGCCAAGGAAGUGCAAAUCUCGGUAAUGAAUUCCAAGUGAUCUCUCAUGGCAACUAAUGGCUUCAUGGAAAACCUGAUCUCUCCCCUGUUUCUCUCAGUUCUAGAACAUGAAAGGAAUAGUUUUCAUGUCGGAUUCCUUGUUAGUCACUUGUAUUUUUCUACACUGCAUAUGAUAGAGAAGUCCACCCAUAACAUUAUUAAAUAUACCUUUUAUCCAAGACGAUAUGUAUGUGGCGUCCAAGCGUGUGUAAAGUAUACUAGAGUAUACUUGCAUACCUAAAACCAACUUUAUACCUAACAAUAACGUGGCAUCCCCCCAUAAACAUAUUCCUUUCAAUAAUCCAAUCUCAUUUCUCACAAACCCUUUGCCACUUUCUGCUUGAUAUUUUAAGAAUAUGUAGUGAGAGAUGAUGUUUAAUGAGGAGUUCUUAUUUCAAAGGUUGCCAGUUGGGUUCUUAAACCUUCAUUAGUGAAUAAAUAAGCAAAGCAAUCAAUCUUGGAGAUUAACGUAAACGUGGAUUGAAGCAACCAAUGGUUUGGCAGAAAGUGGAAACUACGAUGAUUCCAAAUUCCAAUCAAUAAGGUUUCAACUGCUUCGUUUGAAGGAGAGGAAAACAGGUGUACCAACUUGCAAGACGGCGAUGGCAAAUGCUUUUUCGACGGGUCCUGGCAGUAUCCAAUCCCACCUCGAGGUUGAGAGAUAUCCAGGUUGGGCUUCUAGAAUCAGUGCAAUAUGGAUACAAGGUCAGCCCAAUCCUAAUGCCUAAAGCCUAAUGCAAAGGAUAAAGCUCAAGCUGGCCAAGUGUUUCUGCUUUUGCUUAUGAGUUGCUGCCCGCCAGUAAUUCGGCUGGCUUGCCUUCGCCGGAGCGUUGGGGGGUUCUGACUUGUGAGAAUAUCAUUCACAAUAGCCACGGAGUGAGAGCGUGGAGAAUCUUAAGAUGGACUGCAGCAUUUAUUCGUCUUCGUCCACCUCCAUCCAGCUUUCUCCCCGGUCGACUCAUCCAAGUUGGCACCUCAAAACCAAUUCCGUGUCAUGGUCUUCCUCCUUACCCAAGCUUCACCUCUCUACUCCCACUCCCAUCCGCCGCAAGGAUUUUACUGUUUCAGCUGCAUGGACCAGGAGAUCCGGAGGUGAAGUAGCAGAAAGGCCUAACCGGAAGUCAUGGAAGCAAAGAACUGACAUGUACAUGAGACCCUUCUUACUGAAUGUCUUUUUUUCAAAGCGAUUCAUCCACGCCAAAGUGAUGCACAGGAAUACCAGCAAAGUGAUAUCUGUUGCCAGCACAAAUGCCAAGGACCUGAGGUACACAUUACCAUCACUCACCGACGACAAUGCAUGUAGGGUUAUAGGGAAGCUAAUUGCUGAGAGGUCCAUGGAAGCUGAUGUCUUUGCUAUGUCUUAUGAGGCCCAAAAGAAUGAGAGAAUCCAGGGGAAACUUGGGAUUCUCCUUGACACCAUUAAGGAGACUGGGAUUAUUUUUUACUAAACCUCAAAUACCUGGUUUUGCUCUAAGUUUAGUAGCAAUAAAAGCUUCCGAGUUGCUGUUGCAUUUGAGAUA